AUGCCGGCCGUCGAAGCAUCCCCCGUUGCACGUUCCGAGUCCGGUUUUGUCAAAAUGGAAGACCGGAAGCGAGCUGCCACAUAUGAUAACAAUGAUUCGGCUCCCCCGUUGAAGAAACAGGCCACUUCGGUCAAUGGUGGUAGCAAACCUCAUCCAGAUGCCGAUAUGCCUUGGAAAGAUGACCUCGAGCGAUUUCAAAAGGACGCAAUCUGGCGUCAAAUGCAGGAAUACAAACGGGACAAGGUAUCCCUGGAAGCGAAGCUAAAGGAGACGUCAAAAGCCACCGCCUAUCAUAAUGACCACCUUCGCAUUAUUGAUGCGUGGUAUAGCCAAUUGAUUGACGAAAUUAAAGUUCUUCUCGGGUCCCCUGACGAGAUCAACAAGGACUCCUCCUUCCGAAGCUCGCUGCUUUUUGAUGACCUUGACAGUUUUGAGAAGCACCUAAAAUCCCGUUCGGAUGAUAUACGCGACAUUGUCACCCGCAUUCUCGCCAAGUCUCCAACAACUCCUCCCGAGGUCGCUGAUUUGCAAACCCAGCUCACCCGCAAACUGGCCGAGGAGAAAGCCACUAUUGCCGAGCUAAAUAAAGCACUUUCCGAAAAGCAACAGCUAGAAGAAAGUCUGGAAGAAGCGUCUUUACGGUAUAUGGUCGCCGAGAAGAGACUUGACCGUGCCCGAAGCGUAACCGUCGCCAAACUAGAGAAGCAGUACAUUCUAGGGGCUCAACGGCCUGGGGGCGAUAGUGCGUCUGGAAGUCGCGAGGAACCGCCGGCAACCAAUGGCACCACACCGACUGGGGAACGAACUCCACUAGAGUCGGAUGAGACAUAUAGCAAGCUUGCAGCUGUAUCAGAGAAGCAAAAGGAGCAGUUACAGAAACUGGAAGCCGAAAACGCCAAAUUACUUAGCCAAAUUACAGAAAUGAGUAUCAAGAAGUCUAAACCUACCGACGACGAUUAUGCACAUACAGAUCUCUUCAAGCAACUGAAAUCGCAAUACGAAGAUGUUGUUAAGCGGAUAAAUCAUUUAGAGGCAAUCAAUGUACAAUUGCGUGAAGAGACAGCAAAGUAUAGGUCGGAACGGACAGCAUAUCGCAACCAGGUGGACGAAGAAACACAGUGUGUCAUUGCCGAAAAAGAGGCGCAAUUGAUGAAGGCUGAAAACGAUUUGGCACGGAUACGCAACACUCGCGACGAACUCUUGGCCGACCAGCAGAUGCGUAAAGCCGCGCAAGAGCAGGAGAAAAUGACGUCGGUCAAAGUGCAAGAGCUUGCAGACGCUGGGCAAGCCCGGAUCGCCGCCUUGGAAUCAGAGGUCGAACGCCUCCGGUUGGAACUCGGACGAGAAAAGGCCGAUCAGAUGGCCCUUGACGAUAUUCCCAUUGACGAAUUACGUACCAAAUACGGCAACCUGGAGCGCCAAUAUUCGAUGCUUAACACUGAAUUAGCGUCCAUGCAAACUGCUUGUAGGAAAUAUUCUUCCUUGGCAUCUCAAAAAGUCACCGAGUUCAGCGUCAUGGAAGAGAAGAUGGCUCGCUUAGCUGCCGAAAAGUCCAAAGCAGAUCAAAAGUAUUUUGGUGCGAUGAAGAGCAAGGAGGCCAGAGAUAUGGAGGUCCGGACUUUGCGAAUGCAGAAUGCAAAAAGCUCCGACAUUGUUUCGCAGCUAAAGGAAUCCGAAGCUGCCACCCGUUCACUACUUGCGAAUAUGGAAAAGCAGGUCAGCGAGACCAAGGAGGCCUUAAACACCAUGAUCAACAAGUACCAUACCUCGCAACAACAAAUCACCGAAAACAACAUUGCAAUGGACGGCCUCCGGAGCCAGAUAACAGAGCUUAAGGCGCUUUCAGUUUCCAAAGAUUCAACACUGGCGACUACCUCGAGUGCCUGCCGCCGAGCCGAAACCGAAGUUGAGGGGCUCAAGGCAUCACUCGCCGAUACCAAGAAGAGUCUGGAGAAUUGGAAGAACAAGAGUCUCGGAAACUCUUCGUCUGAAUACGAGAUGUUGAGAACUCUUGCCCUUUGCACAGUAUGCCGCAGGAAUUUCAAAAACACCGCGAUCAAGACUUGCGGUCAUGUUUUCUGCAAAGACUGCGUCGAAGAACGGCUCACUUCGCGGUCCCGCAAAUGCCCGAAUUGCAAUCGCUCUUUUGGCAAUAACGACUACAUGCAUAUCACGCUCUGA